AUGAUUGUGGGAGGAACUAAAGGCCGUAUGAGUCGGAGAGGGAAUAAGAGAGGUAGAAAUGAAGGCGAAAGCAAUGUAGAAGUGAUGCAAGUUGCUGAACACUCUCUAUUAACCAUCUCCUUUUUUCCAGAAGAUGCGCAAGGAGUGCAGAUGCCCCAUGAUGAUGCCUUGGUCAUCGAGGCUAUCAUCCAUAACUUCAGGGUUCAAAAGGUGCUAGUAGACGACCGCAACAAAGUGAAUCUAUUACCUUACAAGGUCUUCCAACAGAUGAAGAUACCUGAGGAGCAGCUGGUCAGGGAUCAAGCCCCGUUACCCCUGAGCUACAAUGCCAUUUUGGGAAGACCGAUGCUAUAUGAUUUUGAAGCAGUGACCAACAUUCAGGUUGAUCCUGAAGUGGUGACCCACAAGCUAAACAUCCUCGCUGGAGCCAAGCCAGUGAAACAGAAGAAGAGAGUCUUCGAGAAGGAGAAACGACAAGCUACGAGGGAAGAGGUGAAGAAACUUGAAGAGGUUGAGUUCAUUAGGGAAUCCCCUGACAGGAGAAGAGCUGUUGAUUUACUUGGCUGCAUCAAAAUAGGCGGUGACCCCAGUACUGGUAAGAGAAAAGGCAGGGAUCCAGAAACCCGUCUUCUACGUCAGCAAGCUCGAGUGAGAAAGAACAAAAUGAUGCAUUGCCGAGUUCAGUGGAGGAAGGGGUUGCAGAGUUCAGUGGAGGAAGGGGUGGGGAGUCAACACCGACAUGAAUUCAUAUGGAAUCUAUUUGUAGACGGGGCAUCGAGCUCCCUAGUUAGUGGGACAGGAAUUCUUCUGAAAGGGCCUAAUGAGUUCAAAGUAUUUUAUGCCAUGCACUUCAGGUUUUUGGCGUCUAAUAAUAUAGCAGAAUGGAAUGCAGAUAGCCUUAGGAGUGGGGGCAACAGCCCUCAGAAUAAACAGCGAUUCACAGCUAGUAGUGAACCAAGUAACGGGAGUAUAUCAAGCAAAGGACCUCGUCAUGCAAAGGGAUAUUACAGGCCUAUAACAAAGAAAGAAGCUGGGGAAUUUGUGAAAAGAUGUGAUAUUUGCCAAAGGUUUGCUAAUGCCAUCAACAGCAGCUACGCCAUAGUCAAGUAUAUUAAGCCCAUGACACCAACAGGGGAGACACUGUUCACGCUAGCGUUUGGGAUAGAAGCUGUAGUCCCCAUAGAGCUACAGAUUCCUACUCACCGAGUCCAAUUCAAUGAUGAAAGCACUAAUGGUGAGAAAUUGAGAAGCAACCUGGAUGUCCUAGAAGAGAUCAGAAAUGAAGCACAGUUCCCUCUUAAUCCAAGUAUAAAUAGCUGGUCUUCCUGGAUCAUCCCACACUCAAGAGCUUCUUCAACCAAGACCAAGACAACAAUGGAAACUCAUUGCUCAACUUUGUUUCUUGCCAUUUUCAUUCUCCUUGGUUUCCUAGCUGCUAUUUCUCAAGCUGAAACUCAUUUCCAUGAAUUUGUUAUUCAAGCCGUGCCAGUGAAGAGGCUGUGCAGAACACAUAGCACAAUUACAGUGAAUGGACAAUUCCCAGGACCAACAUUGGAAGUGAGAGAUGGAGAUACUCUCGUCAUCAAAGCUAUUAACAAUGCUCGAUACAAUGUCACCCUUCACUGGCAUGGAAUAAGGCAACUUAGAAAUCCAUGGGCAGAUGGUCCUGACUUUGUGACUCAGUGUCCAAUCCUACCAGGAAGGAGCUACACAUACAGGUUCACUAUUCAAAACCAAGAGGGGACUUUAUGGUGGCAUGCCCAUAGUAAAUGGCUUAGAGCCACUGUUUAUGGAGCUCUCAUAAUCUAUCCUAAAUUGGGUUCUACAUACCCAUUUGCAAUGCCCAAGCGAGAAAUUCCAAUUCUUCUUGGGGAGUGGUGGGACAGGAAUCCCAUGGAUGUCCUUAGGCUGGCAACCUUCACGGGAGCUCAACCAAAUGUUUCCGAUGCUUAUACCAUCAACGGUCAACCUGGUGAUCUCUACAGAUGCUCCAGCAAAGAAACUGUGAGAUUCCCUGUGGAUUCUGGCGAGACGAUUCUCCUGAGAAUCAUCAACUCUGGUAUGAACCAAGAGCUCUUCUUUGCGGUGGCUAAUCACAGACUAACUGUAGUUGCUGUUGAUGCUGCCUACACCAAGCCUUUCACAACCUCAGUGAUCAUGAUAGCUCCUGGUCAGACAACUAAUGUCCUCCUCACAGCUGAUCAAACCCCAGGUCGCUACUACAUGGCUGCACGUGCCUAUAACACAGCCCAGAAUGCACCAUUUGACAAUACCACCACAACUGCAAUCUUGGAAUACAAAUCUGCUCCUUGUAAUGCCAAGAAAGGAAAAUCCUCUCCACCACCCAUCCUCCCCCAACUACCAGCCUACAAUGACACAAACACUGCAACUGCUUUCACUGCCCAACUAAGGAGUCCUUCUCAGGUGAAGGUGCCCAUCCAGAUAGAUGAGAACCUUUUUUUCACAGUGGGAUUAGGACUAAUCAACUGCACCAACCCUAACAGUCCCCGUUGUCAGGGUCCAAAUGGAACUCGGUUUACUGCUAGUAUCAACAAUGUGUCCUUUGUACUCCCAACAAGAAACUCCUUAAUGCAAGCUUACUACCAAGGUCAACCUGGAAUCUUCACCACAGAUUUUCCACCUGUUCCCCCCUUGCAAUUUGAUUACACAGGAAAUGUGAGCAGAGGGCUAUGGCAACCUGUUCCAGGAACUAAGCUUUACAAGCUCAAAUUUGGUUCCAAAGUACAAAUUGUGUUGCAGGACACCAGCAUUGUCACAACUGAGGACCACCCAAUGCAUCUCCAUGGGUACCAGUUUGCCAUUGUUGGGAUGGGCUUUGGAAACUUCAACCCAACAAUAGAUCCAUCCAAGUUCAACCUCUAUGAUCCACCACUUAGGAACACCAUUGGCACUCCUCCUGGUGGUUGGGUAGCCAUCCGAUUUGUUGCUGAUAAUCCAGGAAUUUGGCUGAUGCACUGUCACUUAGAUUCUCAUCUGAAUUGGGGUUUGGCUAUGGCUUUCCUGGUUGAGAACGGAGUUGGCAAAUUGCAGUCCGUACAGCCUCCGCCGCUAGAUAUACCCCAGUGUUAGUGUCACAAGAAAAGGAUGAAAAACAAUUGAUUCUACUCACUCGGUGAAGUUUAUUAUUUCCGAGUUCAUUCCUUCCUUGCAAGUAUUUGUUAACCUGAAUCUUGAUUUCAAGGAUUUUAUGUUUUCCUUCCUUCUAUUUCUGUGGGUCCUAAAGUUCUAAAGUGGAGAGUGUUGCGUUAAGCAGUUAAUUUCAUAUGUUUUGAUAUGUCUCCUGAAUCUAUGUAUUGCAUUUAGAAUAAAGAAACAACUUAUCAUUGUACUAAGUUGGAGUAUCUAUUCCACUGUAGUUUUCUGUUGGUGAUUUGAUGCUACAAAAUUCCAUGGGCCAUCUACUGUGUAUAUACUUGUGGAAUAUUAUUGGGAACUGGAAAAGCAAAUUGGUUGACUA